AAAGCUGUGCGUGGAAAUGAACCUGUCCUCCAUAGUUGUAGAUCAUCUGCUGCCUGUGCAGCUCUGCAUCAUGACCGUCUUCUCCUUUUUCAACAGACUCUUGGACAAACUUUACUCCUGGAGAGCGUGCACAGGACCAGGCACUGAAACAGGAGUCAGCAAAAGAAGUCCAAAUGCAGUUACUCCGACCAGCGUCAACUACCAUUAUACACGCAAGUGUAACUACAAGUGUGGCUUUUGUUUCCACACUGCAAAGACAUCCUUUGUGCUGCCUCUGGAGGAAGCAAAGAGGGGCCUUAAACUCCUGAGGGAUUCAGGAAUGGAAAAGAUCAACUUCUCUGGUGGAGAACCAUUCUUGCAUGAAAAGGGCGACUAUCUUGGAAAAUUGGUCCAAUACUGUAAACAAGAGCUACAACUUCCAAGUGUCAGCAUUGUCAGCAAUGGUAGCAUGAUCAAAGAAACGUGGUUCCAAAAAUAUGGCAGCCAUCUUGACAUCCUGGCCAUAUCCUGUGACAGUUUUGAUGAAGCGACCAACCAGCUGAUUGGCCGAGCUCAAGGCAAGAAGAGCCACCUGAACUGUCUGUACAACAUCCGGAACUGGUGCCAGAAGUAUAAAGUGGCCUUCAAAAUCAACUCAGUCAUCAACACCUUCAACGUGGACGAGAACAUGGCAGAGCCCAUUGUUCAGCUCAGCCCGGUCCGAUGGAAGGUCUUCCAAUGUCUGCUGAUUGAUGGUGAAAAUGUGGGCGAGAAAGCCCUGAGAGAGGCCGAGAGGUUCACCAUCAGCGACCAACAGUUUCAGGAGUUUCUGGACAGACACAGCAGUGUCUCCUGCUUGGUUCCUGAGUCCAAUGAGAAGAUGAGGAAUUCUUACUUGAUCUUGGAUGAAUACGUAAAUGCGUUUCUUGGACUGUCGAGAGGGUCGAAAAGACCCGUCGAAGUCCAUCCUCGAUGUCGGCGUGGAAGAGGCCAUCACUUUCAGUGGCUUUGACGAGAAAAUGUUUCUAAAAAGGGGAGGAAAGUAUGUGUGGAGCAAAGCAGACAUGAAGUUGGAGUGGUAACAUUGUACGAUUCCUGAACUUGAUACACUGUACAUACAAACUUUCUGUUGUUUUUGUCAAAAAUGUUUUUUUUGCUGUUAACAUGCCAGGUGGUUGUUAUUACAGGGUGUCCUGAUUCAUUAUUAAUAUUGGAAAUCGGUCUGAUAUCAGCAUUAAGUAGUUCUGCAGUGCAGAGCUAAAGAGCCAGCUAAAAGCUAAAGGAUCUCCACAAGGUUGGUCUUUUCUUUUAUUUAGUGAAGUCAUUUAUAAAAUGUAAAAAAAAAAAAAUAGUAGGCCAUGGGCUACAUGGAGCUAGCAACUACCCAACAGCCAAGCACACAAUAGCAAUAAUCUAUACAUAAGUAAUAAGUGUCCUAAUAAUUAUAAGCAAUAAUUAUACCUGCAUAUUUAUUACAGAUACAAAGACAUUUUCCAAGAUUUGAUUAAUAAUUUAAAAUCAUAAUCCAAAGGGAGAAUUUGGCUUUCACUUUAAAUUUUAUUUUAUGUAUCAAUCAAUCAAUCAAUCAAUGUUUAUUUAUACAGCACAAAAUCACAAGUGUCUAAAAGGGCUGCACAAGCCACAACAACAUCCUUGGUUCAGAUCCCACAGAAGGGCAAGGAAAAACUCACAACCCAGUGGGAUGAAAAAAUAUAUUGUAUAAAUAUGCCAAAUAAAAUGUAUUCUCUAGUAAAUGCCAGUUCUCACUGGCAUUUAUUGAAGGCCUUUCCCUUUCCAAUGGCAUUUGUUUACAUUGAGGAGCGCUAGCUUUUGUUAGCGGUGACGCCGGUGAGCUAUUGUAUCCUCCUACCGUGUGUAGUGAAGCAGGUUUAGCUAUUCCUCGUCCCGCAGGGAUAAUACUUUUAAGAAAUGUAGUUUGUCGCCAUGGAGGCGAGGAUUAGUGACUUAGAAGUAGCUAAAAUACUACCAACCGCGGAUGGACAUUAGCCACGAGCUACCUCGCCAUGUUUUAUAGCACCUCUUGUAGAGUGGCGUUUCAGUGUUGUAGCUUCACCUUUAUUGUUAGUUUUUAAGCCAAAAUGCAUCCGUUCGCUCUUUUCUGUCGACGCACUGUGUCUGCUUAUAAGUACUCUGUGAUUGUGCGUUGCCGAACAUGCUCCUCUGCACUGCUUGUAAAACCAGCAAUGUCACAACGUGAUUACAGCGCGCUGUCAUGCCCGUUAAAAAAAAAGAAAUGGGAAGCGGUAUUUUUCAAACGGAGUACCGUUUUUGAUUCAUUAGCACUGCGGUACUUUACUAGUACCAGUAUACCGUACAACCCUACCAGACUGUGGCCCUCUCAAUAGGAGCCGAGUCUAUAAUCGAUUUUUUUUACUCAUCCUUCCCCAGCGUCUAUCUUUUUCCCACCUUUUAUGGAGCGCCGUAUGUGGCAACCCGUCAGCGUUCCUGUUCUGUAACCCUGAACAAUGUUUGUCUAAUCUUGAAUGGGUUUGUGCUGAAAAUAAAAUGUUUUUGUACUUGUGCAAUGGCAAUAAAGAUCCAUCCUUCCAUCCAUGUGGAGAUCUCUCUACCUCUGUA